CAAUCGUUUAAAUAUUGACAAGCAUCGAUAACGUCGUUCAUUACUCGGCAUUUGUUUUUUUUCUGGUGUCAGGAAAAAUUUUUUGAUAUUUAUCAAUCAUGACCAACAUUCUCAUCAUUGUAACUGGCUCGGUAGCGGCAAUUAAACUCCCGAUUCUAGUUAAAAAAUUACAAGAAAAAUGUUUGGCUAAUGGCCAUUUGUUUCAAAUUCGUAUAGUUUUGACUGAGCCAAGCUUACAUUUUUUUAAACUUGUUGAAGUUGAAAAUUUACUACCAGCUGGUUCUAUUUAUCGAGAUGCCGAUGAAUGGACAACAUGGACCAAAAUGGGUGACCCUGUACUUCAUAUUGAAUUAAGAAAUUGGGCCGAUAUCGGCGUGAUUGCUCCAUUGGACGCCAACACAAUGGGAAAAUUAUCUAACGGAAUCUGUGAUAAUCUCGCUUCUUGUGUAGUACGUGCUUGGGAUAUAAACAAAAAACUAUUAUAUGCACCGGCCAUGAACGCUCAUAUGUGGACUCAUCGAAUAACGGAAAAAUGUAUCAGAGUCUUAAACGAUUUAGGCUAUAUUCAAAUUGGACCGAUUUGUAAGAAACUAGCUUGUGGUGAUUUUGGAAUGGGAGCCAUGGCAGAAGUCGAUCAAAUUGUAGCAAAAAUUAUGGAAUUUGUCAGAUAAAAAUGAGUUUUAUUUAUACAUCAAUAAUUGGCCAGUCUUUGAAAAUGGAAAGAUUUUUUUGUGUUAAACUCCAAUCCUUUUGAUACUUUUCAGAAUUAAUGUUUUUUAUAUUAAAUUUGACCAUUAAUUGUUCAAGAUUUUGUCUUAAAUAAAAAUCACAAACUCUUGACGUACCCAAAA